UCAUUUAAAUCGGUCACAAAUCUCAAGAGAGGCGGGAGUUAUUUUUUUACACGCGCGCGAGACAAAUCCAAGACCAAAUUGUGCCUUCCUCGUUCGCCAAUUGAGACCAAUUUAAGCAAUUCAAGCCGCAGAGUGCGGUUAGAACGGGACUCAGUCAGACGCGAGUUCUCUCCCACUAGGGCAGUGGUGUCUUGUACUUGGGCGGUGGGGCUAUAUCGGCAACGUUUCGGACGAUUUCUGGCGUUAGGGUUUCGCCAAGACGGCCGGUGAAUCGUGAAGCUCCACAUAUUCGCAGCAUCCCUGCAUAGGAGGGUUACAAAUCGCGCGAUAAAUGGAUUUUGAACCCCGUUUCGUCGUUGAUAAGAUGCUAUUGGUCCACAGCUUUCUCCAAAACCACAGACAGAGAGAAACGACGGGCAUAAAAAAAUUGUACAACUCGUUUUUCGUUAUGUUCUAAAGCGACCCAAGUCGGCCCUUUCAGGAUUUCGGAACUGCCCCGGGGAAGCCCCAGGAUAGCAUUUGUAGUAACCUAGAAUAGUAGGUAUGGAUUAUCGGUUGUACGAAAAUUCGGAUAUUCUGUUGAACGACAACUCGGACAGCUCGAAGAAUUCUUGGAACAUUCCAAACGAGUGUAGCAUGGACAACAACGGUGAUAUUUUCGGAUGGAACUCGCUCAAAAUCGACGAGGGGGAAGGAAAGACCUCGCGUAAGAGGAGGAUCUCCUUCGGGGAGGAGGAGAGGAAGGUCAAGGGUGGGUACAAGAUGGCGAAGGACCCCCUCUCGCUGGACGGCAAAGGCGCGGGAAAAAAGUCCGGCGGGCAUAAAGGGUCGGUGAAAAUCCAACAUUGGGAAGUUGAAGACUAUGAGGAUCUGAAUACAGACAUCGAAAGCUCUUUGAGUUUGGGAGGCAAUGACUUGGUCAACAAUUCCUAUGCCGUCAACGAAAAUAUGCUAUCGAUGAACGGAAUGACAGUCUUCAAACAAGAAGCCCCCUCCCCGACGUCCAACGACGUGACCACCCUGCAAGUGACCCACAAACACAGACAGAGCCCUUCCUCCACCCACCAUGGCGCCGCCGUCGUCAACAGUACCAUGGAGGACAAUACCAGCCAGAAUAUGUUCAACAGCACCAUCAACCAGCUACUCACGCAGAGCGGCUUGGUUGGAUUGCACAACGUCAUGGAUGCCAACAAUCUUUCUUCUCAAAACUCUGCCGACAGUUACACAGUAUCGUCCACGAACUACAAUCUGAUCGAAGACAGUCGCUUUCAAUAUGUCCUAGCGGCAGCUACCAGCAUAGCCACCAAACAAAACGAAGACACUCUGACAUAUCUGAACCAGGGACAGAGCUACGAGAUCAAACUGAAAAAGCUCGGAGAGUUGUCGUUCUACAGGGGGAAAUUAUUUAGA